AUGAAGACGAGCGCCUCAGUCUUGGCUUGGGCAUCAGCCCUCCUCGCUGCUUCACCCGCCGUAGCAAUGGAGACUUGCUGUGCCUCACUUGAAGCAAAGGGUCUGAAGCACGUCUACUACCCCAAUAGUAACGGCUACAAGACCCGCACUGAGUCGUACUUUUCCGUGUCGUCGCAGCUGGAGCCCUACUGCAUCGUUCAGCCCGAGAGUGCCAAGGAUGUAUCUACGAUUAUCAAGACCUUGACAUCUGACACGAAGUGUAAUUUCGCGAUUCGAAGCGGUGGACACACCGUUUGGGCGGCGAAUAACAUCAACGAUGGUGUCACUAUUGACAUGGGAUUGAUGAACAAGACCACGUAUGUCAAGAACACAAAGGUUGCUCAAAUCCAGGCUGGUUCCAUCUGGCGGGAUGUCUAUGGCGCCCUUGAGCCAUACGGUGCUACUGCUGCAGGCGGUCGCACUUCGACUGUCGGUGUCGCUGGCUUCUUGACGGGCGGUGGCAAUACCUUUUAUACUGCCCGUCGGGGUUUUGGCUGCGACCAGGUCGUCAAUUUCGAGGUUGUCCUCGGCGACGGACGCAUCGUCAAUGCCAACAAGGACAACAACGCCGAUCUAUGGAAGGCCCUCAAGGGCGGCUCAGCCAACUUCGGUAUCGUCACCCGCUUCGACGUCCAGGCCUUCGACGCUCCUCUCCUCUGGGGUGGCCUAGUCACCUACUCAGCCGAAGAAACAACCGAUGCGCACGUCCAGGCCUACAAGGACUGGACCGAUAAUAUCGUCAACUAUCAGGAUGGAUCAGUCAUUCCUUUCUGGAGCUAUACUCCUCAGAAUGGAAAGAUUGGCAUCACUGUGUCGUACGAGGAUACCACUGGUGCUGUUGCGCCAAAGGCCUUGGACGAGUUCUGGAAGAUUCCUUAUGAGACCUCCAACCUGCGCAAGGAUACUCAUCGCAACAUGACGAUUGAGCUUGAGCUUGUCGCUGGAUACCGCAACGUCUGGUUCGCCAUCACCUUCAAGAACAAACUCGGCUUGUACAAGAAGGCUCUAGAGUUGCACAAGCAAUUCGUCAGCGACUGGAAGGCUCAAUCCCCCGACGGCGACUUUAUCUGCCACGCCAUCUUCCAGGCCAUCCCUACCAUCUUCUCCAAGCACUCCCUCGAGCGAGGCGGCAACGUCGUCGGUCUUGACCGCGAGAAGGAUAACGCUGUCAUGUUCCAGGUCCAGCUGAUGAUCAACGGCGUCGAGCAAGAGAAAAUUGCUCGUGAGCGUAUGGUUCGCUUCCGCAAGAUGAUGAAGCAGUAUAGCAUUGACCAGGGCGCUGCUGUCGAUUGGGAGUAUCUCAACUACGCCGACUUUACCCAGGAUCCUCUGUCUACCUAUGGACCUAAGAAUCUUGAGUUCAUUCGCAAGGUUGCUAAGAAGUAUGACCCUAAGGGAGUAUUCCAAACUAGACUGCCUGGUGGAUUCAAGAUCUCCAAGGUUGCUUAA